AUGAUAAGUUUUUUGAUUCUUGCUAUUUAAGCAUAUGGAAGAAAUUUGUAAUAAGGAGGAAAUCCAUUAUAAAAGGGAGAGAAGUGGAACCAAACUAAUUAAGCAUUAGAUUAAAUUUUCGAACAUAUAUCAACCAAUCUCACUUAAUAACAAGGGGAUGAAUUAGAAUUAAUUGAAGGCUAUAUAUUCAAUGAAGGCUUCAAAUAUUAUACUAAUGCUACUUACGAUGAAAAAUAAAAGAUUUUCCUUGCUCUAAUUGGAAUGGUUGAUGAACUUGAAAAGGAGACUGAAUAAGAUCAUCUAAGACUUGAAAAGGAUGUAGAAUAUUUUAGCCAGCUAAAUAUAACAGAUAAGAAUAUUGUAUUGACAAAGAUUUCUCAAAAUCUAGAUUAAACUCUAAUGGAUUCUAAGAAAGAAUUCAAUAGUAAAGUAGUUUUAUAAAUCAUCAAUAAAGAAAUUGAAAAUUUCUAAAGUAAUCCUGAUCGUAGUACCAAAGCAACAUGGGAUAUAUAAGAAUAUAAAUAGAUUUAAGAGAAGAAUGAAUAGGAAUUGGAAGAAAUAGAAUAUUAGAUAUAAGAAUUUUUAGAUUAGGGCUUGUCUAUGGAGAAAAUUCGAGAAAAGAUAACAGAAUUUAUAGAUUACUUCUUUUCUAAUUCCACAUUAAUAGAUUCAAAUGGCAACAAUUUAGAUGAAAUGAUCAAUGAUGUGAAGCAAUAGGAAGAGCAAAUUCAACCAACAGAAUAAAUGAAAUAAUACAGAUAAAAAGUUAGAGAAUUAAUUCGAGAACUAUUAAAGGAAGGUAAAACAGAAGAUGAAAUUCAGAAAGAAGUUGAUGAUUAUCUGAGUAAGAAUGGUGUUAAUGAUUUAAGUGAUGAAGAAAGAAAUUUAAUAAAAUUAAUAAUUCAAAAAGAAAUCUUAAGAAAUAAAAGGCAACAAGAUUAUUUAAAUGAUGAAGAAACCAAAACAGCUGUCGUUCCUCAAGAUUAUAGGAAUAUUUGCUAUUAUUUUAUUGGUUAUAUUAGUAGGUUUUCUGAUUAGAAGACAUUCAAUGAAAAAAAUUCAAAAGAAAUAGAUUGGAUUAGAAUAUAAGACAAUGCCUAAGAUGUUUAACAAAAUGAAUGA